AUGGCGGCCAGCGGCACCUCCGUGACAGUGCUAACGCCAAAUGGAAGAAGGCAGACAGUUAAAGUGUCCCCAAACACGCCGUUAUUACAGGUGUUGGAGGAGGUUUGCAAGAAGCACGGAUUCAACCCCGACAGUCACGGUUUAAAAUUUCAGAGGACUGUUCUCGACCUGACAAAGCAAUGGAGGUUUGCCAAUUUGCCCAACAAUGCUAAGCUAGAAGUGGUGCCAAGUACAAGGAUGCAGAAUGUAUCUGAUAGUCAGGUGCGGAUUGCGUUGCAGAUGGAGGAUGGCUCUCGUCUCCAGGGUUCCUUUUCUUGUGAGCAGAGUCUUUGGGAACUGUUGACACAUUUUCCACAGAUCAGUGUGUCAGAGCUUUCUAAGUCUGGGUCCACUCCUGUGUGUGUUUACAUGAGAAAUGAGGUGUGUGGUGAAGAGGCCCUCAAGAAUGCCACUCUGAAGUCUUUGGGCCUCACCGGAGGAAGUGCCAUUGUCAGGUUUUUGCUGAAACAGCAUAAAUCACCAGAAGAUUGCACAGCCACAACUUUGCAAAUGCCCCCUGCUGUCAGUGAAUUCCCCCAAAGCUCAGCCUCUCAGCCUUACCUUAAUGCUUCACAUUCUGAAACUUCAGUAUCACAUCAGACUUCCAAAAACUCUAAACCCACUCACGUUAUAAAUACCCAACCUGCGCUCACUCCUGUUUCUUCUCCUAGUAAAGCUCCUGUACAAAAGAAAAGUGUUAAAAAAUUCCAGGAUAAAAUUGAACCAAAGGCUACCCCUGUAGUACGAAUGCCAGAGGCUUCCGUUGAGGAGGCAGGGCCAUCAGGGCUAAAUUCUCAACCAUCAACGUCAUCUUUUGAUCCCAUCGUGCCAUUCAUUCCCUUUUCUGGAGGCGGUCAGCGCCUUGGAAGUUCAGGAGGAAGCGCACACUCUUCACCUUUGUUUUCUUCAUCGUCAUCUGCCAUAGAAUCACCCAAAGCCAAGAAAGCCAAGCCUUCAACUAGUUCUGCCAAGCAUCAAGUCACUGCCAAAAAGUCAGAUGAGAUUAUGGAUGGAGCAGUAAAGUUCUCUGAGCCAAUAGAGAGAGAGCCUCUCAUCUACCACCUCGAGCGUGUGUCCCAUCGCUCUGACAAUGACGUGGAGCUGCCAGAUGAGUUCUUUGAAGUUACCGUGGAUGAUGUACGCAAGCGUUUUGCCCAGCUAAAGAGCGAGAGGAAAUUGUUGGAGGAGGCGCCGCUGAUGACCAAAAGUCUUCGAGAAGCACAGAUGAAGGAAAAGAUGGAACGAUACCCCAAAGUUGUUCUGAGGAUCCAGUUUCCAGAUCGGCAUGUUCUACAGGGCUUCUUCAAGCCCCUUGAGACAGUUGGUGCUUUAACAAAUUUUGUAAGGAGCCACCUAGAGAAUCCAAACCUCAGCUUCUACCUCUUUGUGACCCCUCCGAAAAAAAUUCUGGACGAUCCAGCCAUGACACUUUUCCAGGCUGACCUGUUUCCUGGUGCUGUGGUGCACCUCGGUUCUGAUCUGCAAACAGGAUUCUACUUAAAGAGGGAACUCCUUGAAUCCUCUGUCUCUGCUUUGCAAGCAAAUGAAUCCAUUGCAAGCUUUAUGCACCAGUCAACAAGACAUUCCCCUAGCCCUUCAACUACUGAUGAACUGCUGCCUUCUCCAAAGCCAAGUGCUGACAGUGGCCCAUCCUCACAGCAUGAUUCCACACAGCCAUCAAGAAACGCUCAGUCUCCUAAGCCCAGCGGCUCUGACGUGGGCAAGGUGCCCAAGUGGCUCAAGCUUCCAGGUAAGAAAUAA